GCCAACGGGGACAAACAGAUCGCAGUCUUUCUGGGGAUCAGAAAAGAUAAGUUCAAGACAGGUUUAAGACAGGCCUAUACCUGUAUUUAUUUUCACGAGGGGCGCUUGCUUUUUCCAUUGGCUUACCGGCAGGCCAUUCCCUUUAGUUUAUUUUUCUCAAGGAGACCACAAACACGUCCCGCAAAUUUUUCCUUGUGUCGCCGAUAUUAAUUUUUGGAACAAUGUUGUGGAAUUUAAUAGGAACUAUAUUUACAAUAGUGCUUUUUUGCACAGUAGGCAUUCACUCAAAACGAGUUUCAGCUAGAUCAAACACAGACAAAGUUGUUGUCUGCUAUGUGGGUACUUGGGCUACCUAUAGACCGAAUGAGGGGCAGUUUCAAUUUGGCAACGGUGAUUUAGACCCAUCACAAUGUACCCAUUUAAUUUAUUCAUUCGCCGGUCUCAGUAACGAAACAUGGAGCAUUAAAAGUUUGGAUCCUUACCUAGAUCUGAAGGAAAAUUAUGGAAGAGACGGUUACAGAAAUAUGACAUCGCUUCGUCAAAGAUACAAUGGAUUAAAAGUGACAUUAGCAAUUGGUGGUUGGAACGAUGGAAGUGAAAAAUACUCAGCUUUUGCGGCCAACGAUCAUUACAGAAGUCGCUUCGUCAACAGUAUCGUCAAAUUUUUAAAAGAGUACGGAUUCGAUGGUCUCGAUCUUGACUGGGAAUUCCCAGGGAAAAGGGGUGGUAAUCCUGACAAAGAUAAAGAUAAUUUCUCCCUUCUUGUUAAGGAAUUAAGUAUGGAAUUAAAGAAAAAAGGAAUGCUGUUGACAACCGCCAUCAGUGCUGACAAAAAUACAAUUGACUUAGCGUAUAAUAUUCCGGAAAUAUCAAAAUACCUUGACUACAUCCAUGUAAUGGCUUAUGAUUAUCAUGGAGCUUGGAACAAAAAAGUUUUGCCAAACGCACCUCUGCAUUGCACUGAUAAUCUCUGCGUGGAAGAAACAGUGAAACAUUUGCUAAAACGAGGAGCGGCAGCAGAUAAGCUCGUCCUUGGUUUGCCUUUAUAUGGUAGAACUUUUGUUCUUUCAUCAGUUCCAUCAGACCAAAAUCAAAAUCCAAUUGGCUUAUCAGCUGCGGAAACAGGCUUUGCAGGGCCAUUUACAAAAGAAAAGGGAUUUUUGGGAUACAACGAGAUCUGCAAGGAGUUGAUCGAUAAAAGCAAGCAUUGGACAUCUGGCUGGGACGAAAAUUCGAAAACUCCUUAUGCCAUCAGUGGCGAUCAAGUCAUUGUUUACGAUAAUCCAAAAAGCAUAAUUUCUAAGGUUCAAUUUGCGAACAGAAUGGGAUUCGCAGGCGUGAUGGUAUGGAGUAUCGACACCGAUGAUUUUCGUGGAGACUGUGCGCCUCUCCACCAAGAAUACCUGGACCCACUGAAAGGCCUUAAUUUCCCUAUAAUGAGAAUUAUCAAUCAGGCUAUCGACGAUGAAGAAGAAGGAAAUAAUGAAAUUUCUUCCACAAAAGCACCACCUGAUCACGAUCAUCAUCAUCAUCAUUCAUCCGCUUUUGUACUCAAUUAUAAUUGUAUUUUGAUUGUAAUUACGAAUGUUAUUUUACUGAAAAUUAGAUACUAAAGUUUCAUGACAGUAACUUUUCUUGAAAUUUCACUUCAGUAUUCAAUUUGUUUCAUUCAGCGUACUGCAUAUUAUGUAAGAAUUUUAUUUUUGUACUAAAUUAAAAUUCUUAUUAUACAAUUAUAUACUAUUUUUGUAUACAUAAGAAAAAACAGAAAAAUUACUCUCUAAUUCAAUUACGUUUGCUAGAAAGACAAUAGUUUAACAUAUUUUAUUUUAUAUAUUUAUGAAUAAAAAGAAGGCAUAUCAUUUUAACCGUAUUUUAAAGGUUAUGGUGAUAUUUUUUAAUAUCCAUACCAGACUGAGAAUCAAUUCU